AUGACUGUCAGCUGGUUUGAGUCACGUGAGCAGACUGGAAGAGUGAAACGGAAAUGGCUCGACCGAGCUACUGCAGUAGUUUCAUAUCAAUGGCCUUUAUUGCCUUUUUCGUCGCCUUUUUCGCGUCAGGGAGCGCCACCGCUCAAGUGCCACUUCUUAUGUGGUCCAGUGACAGACUACCACCACUGGCCUCACCUACAGCUGGUCACAUAACAUCCAAUGACCAGUUGUCUCUCUACCUCACUUCAGCCUUUGGUUCUGGGUCCCACACUGUGCUAUUGUUCCUACAAGACAAGUUAAGCAAAGAUGACUUCACGGUCUAUGGUGGAGUGUUUGGAAACAAGCAAGACAGCGUCUUUAAAAACCUUGAGGCUGCACAGCAGUCUUCUUCCUCAUCAGUGACACUUCCUGCCUUGGAGUGGUCAGACUCCUCUGCCAUCCUUACUUCCCUGCAGGACAAGCUUGGUGUUUCGCCUCUGCUUGUAGAUGCAGACACUCUGUCACAUCUGAGCAUCAAUACAUCAGUCAGCAAUCUGCUGCUCAUCAAUCUUCCUUAUUGCAGCGGCUCACACAGGUCCUGCAAUGAAGUCCUACGCAACAAUGAUGAGAUUAUCGGAAAAGUUAUGAGUAUCAUAAAGACCAAAAAUGUUCCAUACACUGCCAUAUACACAGGACUCCAGCCAUCACGGGUGAUUUCUGAAACACCAAUGUCUAACCAGCCAGUGGGGCGCACCUUGCUACAAGCAGAUAUACCUGAUGUCAGUCCGCCCAUCAUGUUUAAUCAGUCAGGCAGUCCUUGCAUAAUGCUGUGGGCUCAGAAUCUCAACGUCAGCCUCUCAAGGUCCGACCCGUGGAUUGAUCUUCGUACGCAAACUCCAACCUUGACAGGAUCCAUGUGCAACGGCACGAGCUCCCUGCUUGUCCUGCAGUAUGCAACAUUCAGAUUGAGUUUUUCCAUGACUCGACGGUUCUAUGCUGUUUCUGCACGAAACUGGUUCACCCUCGACUUUGUAGAGCUGCAGACAAAUGGUCAAACUGAGACUUUCAUUGGAAGUGGCAGUAUCUAUGCCCCUGCAGAAUACUCCUUCCACUGCCAGUCUGUCACCAGCUUCCAAGACCCCCUGCUCAUCUCAAACAACAAAAACUCAACUCAGUGGAGACUCAGUUUUACUGACUUCCAGAUUCAGGGAUUUGGUUUGGCCAACGGAACAAAUUUCUCCUAUGCCAGUGACUGUGCAAGCUUCUUCACCCCAGCGAUUUGGAUGGGACUGCUGACUGCAUUGCUCAUGCUGCUAAUUUUGGUGUACGGUCUGCACAUGAUCAUGCAGGUCAACACCAUGGAUCGAUUUGAUGACCCUAAAGGUCCAUCGAUUUCAGUGCCUCAGUCAGAGUGAAGCACUCCUUACACACACAAUCCUCUGUCAAUGUUUUUGUACGUUUGGGCCUCUUUUUUUUUUUCUUUGAACACAUUUUCAUCUGAGAUUCUCUCCUGUGGUUUUCUUUCCUGAGUCCUUCCACAGCUGUUUUGGGAUAAUGUUGUUUUGUAUGGCACAUUCCAUUUCGUCUCUCCAUAGUGCCAAAAUGUAAGCACCUUUUUAUAUAAAUAGAUUUUGAGUUUAUAUUGUAAAAAGGUAUUUUUGUGCCACUAUAGGUCGGGUACAGCUGAUACUUUCUCUGAAAUAAUUUGCACUCUCACCGGGGGAUGCCUUAGUUGCCAACAUGAAUGUGAUCGCUGAAUGCUGUAGGACCUUUUCAGACCUCAGUUCAUGUAUUAUUUUCCUCAAUUUAACUGUAAUUUAAAGACUACUGGUAACAAAAGAAGUGCCUGUGUAUAAAACAUCAUUUGUGGUUUUCAGAAGUAUUUUGGAGUAGCCUUAACAGAACUAUGCUGAUACUCAAGGGUUUAAAUCACACGUGUAAACCUGUUGACAUUUAAUUUAUUUGUAUAAAAGAUGCUCAACCUUCCUUUAAACAAUUACCCUUUGCUUCAGGGUUAUCGACUAAUUUAAUGACAGUGCCUCAGUCCUGCUUUCACAAAAGUCACGAAUGUGCAGUUGCCAACAUGUACUGAACAGUACACAGUCAUUAAUUGCAAAUAAAGAAAUCAAAAUAUC